CCGCCGAGCUUACAGGUGUUGCACAACUCCGCAUCCUCCACGUCCCGCCUCCCGAAAGCAACUUCUUUGAGGCGGCGGGAGAGAGUGGCGCCGAGGGAACAACUUUCCGAGGAGCUCCUCGUUCCCUGAGCAAACUGGGAGUCCCGGAGCGCGAGGCGUGGCUCUUGCCCGUCGCGCGGGAAGGACGGGUGUGUGUGUGUGUGUGUGUGAGAGAGAGAGAGAGAGAGAGAGAGAGAGAGAGGAUUAUUGAGUGAGUGUGAGGUGUCUUCUGGCGCGCCUCCUCCAGCCCUUUUCCAAGCCUCAGCCGGCGCUUUCCUCCCCCCGCCCCUCGCCCCCCGCCUCUCAGCAUGAGGGGCGCGAGCCGACCCCCUGGCGAGCGGGCGGGCGCCCACCUGGCAGCCCCACCCCGGCAGCAGGUAAAGCCCCGCCCCUCGGGUGUGUGAGGCGACGGCAGGCAAGUGGCGACGGCGCUCCUCUUCUUCUUCUUCCUCGGGCUCCCGGCGCUCGCUCUGCCCUGAACUAAGCCUCGCCUCGGCUCCGCGCACCUUCUUCGGGGGAGGAAGAGAGAGACGACCACUCGAGCGCGGGGACUGGCCCGCCCAUGAGGCAAGUUGAGGCAGCGGGAUCCACAGGGGCAGCAGACCCCGAUGUACAUCUUUAUUCACCUGAUGACUAUCUUCCCUCACCCCUUUCCCCUGGUGGAGAGUGGGGUGCCAUUUUGUGGUUUGCCUCAGAUGCCUAAAUGUCUUGGACCGGCCCUGCUCUUUCAUAUGAGUUGAUUUUCACAUUCAUUCCUGUAUGGAAAGCUAUGAAUCACAUCAUUGCAUUUUAUAUAUAUAUAUUGAAUAGUAAAUUGUGUGUGCUGUCAGGGCAAUGCCCUCGGUGUUCCAGAGUUUUUACCAUGGCUCUGGACCCUACAGUUCUUUUAGCGUGCUACUUCCACCCUUAACAGACAAGCAGAAGCCAUGCCUUGCAUGUCUUUGUGUUGAUUUUCUCCUGCCUGUAAAUACCAAUCCUCCGUGCUUCUCCCUCCCCCCACAAAGAAACAUGAAUACUGUUUUUGUUGCCUUUUGUAGCUUGAUUUCUGUAACUGGAUCUUGCUCUCUGGAGUCUCUAUUAUGCCUGCUGCUAAACUGCUCCUUUGAUGGGAGAGGCUUCUAGUUACCAAAUUCCCCAAAACCUUCACUGAGAUGUGAACAUCUAUAUAUAUAUAUAGGCCUCCCAGCUUUAUUUUGGAAGGCAGGCUGUUAAAGAUGUUACACUGGCUCUGCCUUCUGCCGCUGCAACAUUUCUCGACAUCCCUGGAAAGUUACCAAAUACUCUCGUGCUAACAGACAACAAAGAGAUGCAGGUAGCUGAGCAAAAGAGGGAGCAGGUAUAGAGCCCAGCAACAGCAGGCAACAGAAACCUAUUGGUUUUGAGAUGAAAACCAUAUAUCAUCUGCAGAUCUGCGUGUGGAAUUCUGAUACCUUCAAGCUGAGCAUUGAUACUUGCUGAUUUGAUGGCAUUGUGCAAGAUGAGAGAUGCAAAAUAGGCAAGUAGUUAUAAGAACCUUAUGCUUUGAUGUGCAACAAACAGCAUGCCGUUCCUCUAUCAAAUGUUGGCUGCAGCUUUUGUUCAGCUCUUCAUAGUCUCCAAUAGCUGGAUUCUAGCCAAGAACAUCAACUUCCAUAAUGUGAGACUUCCAGUAGACCCUACUCCAUUUCCAAGCAGCUUCAAGUGUUUUACAUGUGACAAUGUGGUUGACAAUUACAACUGUAACAGAUGGGCUGAAGACAAAUGGUGUCCUCCGAACACAGAGUACUGCUUGACAGUCCAUCACUUCACCAGUCAUGGAAGGAGCACCUCCGUCACUAAAAAAUGUGCUACCAGAGAAGAGUGCCGUUUUGUUGGAUGUCGCCACCACAGGGAAACUAGUCACACUGAAUGCAUCUCUUGCUGUGAAGGGAUGAUCUGCAAUGUAGACAUACCAACAAAUCAUACUAAUGCGGUAUUUGCAGUUGUCCAUGCUCGGAGGACGUCGGGCAGCAGCAGACAGGCUGCUACUAUCCUGUUGCUGGUUUCAGUCACCGCCAUUUUUGUUUUGUGACAUGACUCUUUCUGUCAAGCAGACUUAAUUUGUCACUUGGAGCUAUAUGAAGACCGUCUCUCAGAUGGUGACCAGUACUACUUUUCUAGAAAAAGAGGUGCCAGAACUCACCUUGAACGCCUCCCUUGUCCUCUUAGAAGGGCAAUGGCACCCACAUGAGAUGGUAACAAAGAAGAAGAAUCCUCUGACAUCUACUAAACAAAGAAGAAAUAUAGAAUGGUGCUGUGUUCUGUUGUUUCUGAAGAGUGCUGCUUUUACGGUGAAGACACCAGCAGAUGCUUGUUCAAAGUAUUAAAAAGACCAAACACAAUGACCAAAUGUUGUACUGACUUGGCUAGGUACUGGAAUUCUAGUCAGUGGAAGACUUUCUGGUUGAUAGGAGAAUUUGUACAUUUUGCAUAUUAUCUUAAUAAGGAAUUGUUCUUUUUUCCCUCUGAUAUGGAGGUUAAGCAUUGAACCCUCAUGUCUAUUUCCCUCCCUAAUAUCACUUUUAAGAAUAAAUAGUCAAUUUGAUGAAGAUGAGUCUUUAAAACGGAUGAAACAGUGUGGCAUCUGCUAAAACAUCCUAUUUAUUGGGACAUCAAGCCAUACCACAGCAAUAAAAUGUGAAUUACAUGGUUUUUCUCUUGCUACAUCAGUUCUUCAAUAAUAAACUAUGGAAAAUUCAUGGAGGAAUCUAUGUAAUUACAGAUAGGUAUCAGUGCUCAACACAAAAGUCUCUGCUUGAGGCUGGAAAAGACUCUUGUCCGAAAUCUCGGAGAGCAGUUGCUGAUCAGUGUAGACAGUUACUGAGCUAGAUGGACCAAGGUCUGACUCAAUUUACUAGGUUUCCUCUUGCAAUUUGGAAAUUCAGAUAUCAUAGUCAGCACAAACCUUGGUUUUGCAAGCCUAUUUCUAAUUAUAGUUUGCUAACUAAUUACAACCCAUGGCAUCUCUACUUUUCUGUCAUGGAUCAGUGUCUUUCACCAUGAUGCCUGAAUUAAACCCAAGUCUAAAGUGGGGUGUUUUUUGGGUGGGGACAGGUGCCUGAGUCUAAGGCAGUGUGUGGAAAUUCUGGACCCCUUCACAGCCCAGAAAAAAGCACCUAAAGCCUUUAGUUUAGAUCCUGCCACUAGUUCAGCACAAUAGUCAAGAAGAAGAUAAAGGGGAAACUCUAGUGUAUGCACGGAAACAGUUUGCAUGUGGCCAAUGAACCCACACUGGAUGGAGGCCACCAGUAUCCAUUAGCAUUACAAACAGCGCAUGAAUUGGAAACCUAUACAGCUAGUGAGAAAGCGUUUAAUACACCUGAAAUUUUGUAGCUUAGCAAAACCUAUUGUGCUUUUCCCCCCACCCCCAAUUGUUUUCAAUGUGUGUAACUUGUCUGGAUCUUGUUCAUCAUGACCUUACAGAAAAUAAUUAGCAAUAUUAUACAGUGGAAACCAAACAAAACCCCGAGGUCCUGUAGGUCAUUCCUCAUCAGUGCACAAUAGUUUCCUCUUGUAAAAUUUGCCUUCAUGGUUCCUCCCCCUCCUCCUUUUGGAGGGGGCGGCUUUAUUCAGUCACCCUGUGGAUUUUGAAUGUGUUCUUAGUGGCCAUCCAAUAUCUAUAGGCAGAUGAAAUGUUGCAGUUAGGAAUCUAGGCUUCAAAUCCUUGCUCAGCUACUGACUUGCAGGCAGGUCAGUUUGUGGGACCAUCCUUUCCCUACAUACAAAUACAUCCUACCUCACAGGGUUGUUGUGAGGAUGAGAAAAAUAAAGACAUGAUUUGGUCCUUCUUGGAAUGAA